AUGAAAUGCAAAUACGUCUUUGUUGUCGCUAUAGCGGUGAUUGCCAUCUGCUUGGUGCCGAGCGCCCAAGCAGAUCUUAAAUCCGAUUUCCGUGAAUUUCUCGCCCUGGUGCCCCGCAACCGCAUCGGCUACAUUGCAGCCCGUCACUUCAUUAUGGAUGAACAAUUUCGUACUGCACUCAAGUAUUUGCGAAGUUCACAGUUCGGCCAGACUUGGCGACGCGUACGCAAUACGCCGGAAUUUCUUGAUUUGGUGGGGUAUUUGCAAACGCAUAACGUCUCGCUGGCAGCGUUACAGGAUGUGACAGCAGCCAUUGAUAGAUUGCCAAAUCAAUUGCGCUCAUUUCGCAUACCAUCCAAAGUACCCGUCACCGUGAUGAUGCAAAGGAAUUUGGUGUCGUUUAUGCGCGAAGUUAUGCAGUCACUGCCACGUGCACGUUUUUCCGGUUUAAUGGCGCGUAAAGUAACCGAGGGCGGUGAUUUUGCACGACUCUACAAUGCUGUGCGGCAAGAAGAAUUUAAACAAUUGUUGGAUAAAGCCAAGACAUCAACUAAUCUUGCGGCAUCCUGGCGUGAAUUGAGACGUAAUUACAUUGAGAUAAAUGAUUUUAUACAAUUGGCCUAUGAUGUUAUAUCGUGGGGACCAUAA